GAGCGGGAACACGGAGAGCUGAUGGGUUGUUGAGGAUGUGUUUUUUCCAGAACUCGCCGAGUUCCAUCCGUUCAUUAUCCCAGUUUAACUGCAGCUAGGAUUAAUCUCCAUUAUUCUGCUUCAGGACAAAAUGUCACAAACUUGGAUUAAGGCAGGGAGACGUGGCAGGAUCUCUUACAGAACACCGCUGUGGUGUGUAGUUUACCUCCACAUCUCUGUGGCAUUAAACACUUCCCUAUUUCUGUUUAAGGGACAAAAAAUAUAACAUGAUGGGAAGCUGCACAUCUUCAUGGUUUGGUGUGUGGGAGGAGCCAGUUUAAGGACUAUGGUAGUCAAGUCUUUACAGGUUUUUCCUCUAAAAGUAAACGAGGACCUACUGCUGCAAUCUAACACGGAUUAAAAGCUGAUUUAACCAUUUGGAUGAGACCGACUAGAUGCAGGUUCCAGGAUGGGUUUUAAAGGUGUGGUGCACCUGCAGUGGUCUCUGAGGAGGAGUGAAUGCCUUGCAAGUCGUACUCUGGGUACAAAAACCCUGGCGCGCCUGUUUCAGUAUCUAGGAGAUCGCCAGAUCAGAGUAGAGCUUCAGAUCACAGGAUUUGGAGUUUUCCUGAUAUGUGGACAUCUCGACUCUGAUUGGCUAAUGGCAACAUGGCUCUAUCACUGACCUCAAUGUUGCUGGAAGAGUUUGGCAGUGUGGUGGAGUUGCUAAUGCUAACUGUUAGCUUCUAGCAGAGAUGAUCUGUUUCCUGAACGCUAAACCAACAGCAGCCUUCCCUGUCGUGACUCACGAUGGGUGAGUUCAUGAAUGUUGAGCGACAGUGCGACUGUUUUCUCAGAAGCUAAUGCAGGAGAUGGGUGUAGGAGACUAUUUUCAUGUUAAGCCUGCAUGAAUCACUCGAUGUCCGAUUACAAUCAGACAUUAUUAAAAAUUAUUUUCUCAGUGUACCACACCUUAAGCUCCGCCCCCUUCGCUUAAGUAAAGGGACAUUUUCCAGAUACGGAAAAAUUACCCCCGAAGACGGACCUUCUAGCUGUGUUUUCAUACAUUUCUCCUAGUUGUUGUUGAUCAGGAGAUUUUGGUGAAUAAGGUGUUUGGAUCCAUUUUUUAUCCAUGACAUUUUUUGUUGCAUGUAAUUUUUAGUGGUUCAUAAGGGAGUGCCCAUAUUUGGAUUCUAAUUUCUCUAUGAAUGGCCCCGCCCAGUUCCUGAUGGGCGGGGCCAAAAGAAAUCCUGCCGAGGAUCAUAAAAUUAUGGGUGGGAUAGUUUGAGACAGGUUUUUACUCCUUCAGAAUUUUCUGGGCCGUCUCUAAAUGUGUUUAACGUGUUUAACACAUGAUCUGGCUGCAAAUCCCGUUUGGAGGAUUAGGGAUGCUAUGAGACGGUGGGAUGAGUGGGAGAGAUGAGGGGAUGAACGCAGGAGGAUAAUACAAGUUAAACCUUUAAGCACGAGAUUAUCUCUGCCAGCGGACCGCUGCAGAACCGGGUCGGUGUGAGGAUGAUUCUGACUGAUGAACACUAUUGGGAUGCUUCUUGGUUCUGUUGAGCUGACUGACGUUGGGAUGUGGUGACCAUGCUGACCCACCUCAGAACCCGGAGCAGGAGCUUGUUCUCCAGCUACAAGCCCGGCAGCCAGAUUCAAGAAGUCCAGGAACCAAACCAUCAUCUGGACCUGAUCAGCACCUUCAUCAAACCAUGGAACUCCAUGCAGGACCUGAGCAGAGAUAUCUACGAUCUUUACGCCGAGUACGAGCGGGAGGAGCUGGAGGAUCGCCUGCCUGUGUCGCCCUCUCGAAUUCUGCUUUCUCCAACUAAACAUCUAACACUCAACAUCAACGUUGGAGGAACGGUGUACUUCCUGCCCUACAGGUUAGCUGCAAAGUAUCCGACGACCCGGAUCGGUCGGCUGGCCACGUACACGGACCACAACCAGAAACUGGACCUGUGUGACGAUUACGUGGUCCAGAACAACGAAUUCUUCUUUGACCGAGACCCAAAGAUCUUCCACAACAUCUUCAACUUCUACAGAACCGGAGUGUUGUCCAUCAAAGACGACCUGUGUCCUUACAACUUUCUGGAGGAGAUCCACUACUGGGGGGUCAGAAUCAAAUACAGCCAGCGCUGCUGCCGCAUCUCGUUCGAGGAGCGGCAGGACGAGCUGAAUGAGCAGCUGAAGAUCCAGAAGGAGCUGAUGGCUGAGCUGGAGAAGGAGGAGAACGAGGAGGUCUACGAUCACAUGACCUGCGGUCUGACUCGGAGGAAGAUCUGGAAUCUGAUGGAGAAGCCGUUCUCCUCCAUCACCGCCAAGCUGGUGGCCGUGGCCUCCUCCUUCUUUGUGUUGGUGUCACUGGUUGCCAUGACGCUCAACACUGUGGAGGAGAUGCAGUACAAGACACCGGCGGGCCAGCCCAGCGGUCGGUACUACGGUGAGAACGUGGAGACGUUCUGCAUCACCUUCUUCACGCUGGAGUACCUGCUGCGUCUGCUCUCCACUCCGGACCUCCGCUGUUUUGGACGCAGCGUUCUGAACACCGUGGACCUGAUCGCCAUCCUUCCACACUACCUGCAGAUGGUCCUGGAGUGCUUCGAGGACGAGGACUUCCACCUGCACUCUGGGGACAUCGAGACGGUGGCUCGUGUUGGAAAGGUAGGCCAGGUUCUGAGGAUCAUGCGUCUGAUGAGGAUCUUCAGGAUCCUGAAGCUGGCUCGUCACUCCACGGGACUCCGAGCCUUCGGCUUCACCCUGAGGCAGUGCUACCAGCAGGUGGGCUGUUUGCUGCUCUUCAUCGGCCUGGGGAUCUUCAUGUUCUCCGCCAUGGUGUACAGUGUGGAGCACGACGUCUACAACACCAACUUCACCUCCAUGCCACAAGCGUGGUGGUGGGCCGCGGUGAGUAUUUCCACGGUGGGUUACGGCGACAUGUUCCCGGAAACCAACCUGGGUCGUAUCUUCGCCUUUGCCUGCAUCUCCUUCGGCGUAAUCCUGAACGGGAUGCCCAUCUCCAUCCUCUACAACAAGUUCUCCGACUACUACACCAAGCUCAAGUCCCACGAGUACGCCAUGGUGUCUAAGGCCCGCGGCAAGGUGCGCUUCAUCAAGAGGGCCGCCAAGAAGUUUGCAGAGUACUGCGACGAGGCCGUAGACCUGAAGCCUGAGGAAGGAGAUGGGUUUGUAGAGAUCUUCUCUGAGAGACCAAGGUCUGAGCUGCCUGGGUGUUGAUGGCACACUUUUAAAAACCUCAAACCGUUUCAGAACUGAGUCUGUGCGGAUGAAACCAGAUGGCUUUGGCUGGACACCAACAUGGCUGACUCAGCAGCCUGUUGGUGGUCCAGUUUGAUCUGGAGGUGCGUUUGAGUCGCGGCGCACCGCUUCCAGCCAAGCAUGGAUUAAACUUAGAGUAGACACAAAGGAAGAUGACUCUGAGAACAUCUGAUGUAGCCGCAGUCUUUAUGCUAACAUGUGCUAGUAAUGCUAACCUUUAGCGCUUCCAGCCAAGCAUGGAUUAAACUUAGACACAAAGGAAGAUGACUCUGAGAAUAUAAAUGAGUCUGAUGUAGCAACCAGUCUUUAUGCUAACAUGUGAUCGUAAUGCUAACCUUUAGCCACUGCUGCUAACUAAUCGGAUUAAUCACUACUGAUGAUGUUAACAGACUAAUUGUAAAAUUAUCACCAAGC